GCAACCUGCAAUUACCACCACCACUUCUCAUUCCUAACCUCCUCCCAACCAAACCUAAUCUCAUCAUCAAUCACAAUGAAAGUCUCUAUCCUCUCAGCUCUUACCCUCGGCCUCGCGACCAGCACCCUAGCCGCGCCCACAGCGGUCGUCGAGCGCGACCUCCCCACCAUCACGAAUGUGCUCUCAGGCAUUGGCACCAAAGUCGACGCCCUGGGCACCGCCCUCCAAGGCUACAGCGGCGGCGGCGUGACUCAAGUCCAGCAGGCCUCGGACAACCUGGUCAGCGCCAUCAACAGCGGGAACAACCAGGUGCGCGGGACGGGGCCACUGAGCGCGACCGAUGCGCUCGGGCUCCCGGGACCCGUCAACGACCUCAAGAACAAGAUCGCCGGUGUUGUUGACCAGCUCGACGGCAAGAAGUCCCUGCUCGUCGCGGCGGGCAAGGGCACCCAGACGUACAACGAUCUGGUGGAGCAGAAGGCGGCUGCGAAGACGCUGAGUGAUACGAUUGUCGGCAAGGUGCCGGACAGUCUGCAGGGGUUGGCGGGGACGGUGGCGGGCGGGAUCAGCGAGGCGAUUGAGACGGGCGUGAAGGAGUUUGCGGAUCAGGCGGCGAAGAAGAGGGAUGCUUGUCCUGUCUAAGUGUGUCAAGGGCUGGGUUCGGGGUGGGUGCUCUGUGG